AUGGAGAGAAUCGACGCCUCCGUCGACCCGGCGUCCAUUGUUCGUCUCGAGGCCCCGGUAACGUUCAAGGCAUACCUGAUGUGCGCCUUUGCCGCCUUUGCUGGAGUCCUGUUCGGAUAUGACUCGGGCUACAUUUCCUCCGUCCUCGCCAUGCGCGAGUUCAAGAAGCAGUAUGGGCAUAGAGUGCCGACGAGUGUGGACAAGACGGGCUACGACUACACCUCUUCUCAGCACGCGCUGAUCGUGUCCAUUCUGUCGGCAGGUACCUUCUUUGGUGCCCUAAUCUCUGCCCCGCUGGCCGAUCGGUUCGGCAGAAGAACAACCAUCAUCGCCGGAAGCUUUAUCUUCAUGGCCGGCGUCACCAUCCAGGUCGCGGCUGCAGAUAUUCCCGGCCUGGUGAUUGGAAGACUGGUGGCGGGCUUUGGCGCCGGCUUCGUCUCCGCCACAAAUAUCCUGUACAUGUCGGAAGUUGCGCCUCGAAAGGUGCGCGGGGCGAUCGUGUCGUGCUAUCAGUUUGCCAUCACUAUCGGCAUCAUGCUCGCAAGCUGCGUGGGCUAUGCGACACGCACUCGAAUGGACACGGGUGCCUUUCGCAUUCCCAUUGCCAUCCAGUAUCUGUGGGCCCUCAUUCUGGCUCUGGGUUUGUUCUUGCUUCCCGAAAGUCCUCGAUAUUUCGUCAAAAAGGGCCGUUUGGAUCUUGCCAUCCAAGCUCUGAGCCGCGUACGCGGACAGCCCGAAGACUCGGACCGUCUUCACGACGAGCUUGCGGAAAUCCAGGCAAACUACGAGUAUGAGAAGCACAUCGGCCAAGUCAGCUGGCUGGGUUGCUUUGGAGGCGGCAUUCAGAAUCGCAACUCCAACAUCCGAAAGGUUUUCAUCGGUACCGCCAUCCAAGCGUUCCAGCAAUUCACCGGCAUCAACUUCAUCUUCUAUUACAACACCACCUUCUUCCAAAGCAUCGGCCUCACCGAUCCCUUCGUCAUCUCCAUCAUCACCACGGUCGUCAACGUCUGCUCCACACCCGUCUCAUUCUACACCAUCGAACGAUACGGCCGACGGGCUCUCCUCAUCUACGGCGCUCUGGCGAUGUCGAUCUGCGAGUUCAUUGUCGCAGCAGUAUGGACAUCAGACGCCAACUCCACCACCGCAAACUACUGCCUCAUCGUGUUCGUUUGUCUUUACAUCUUCUUCUUCGCCUCGACGUGGGGUCCGGCAGCCUGGGUGGUUAUUGGCGAAAUAUUCCAGCUUCCCAUUCGAGCAAAGGGCAUCGCCUUGUCUGCAGCGUCCAAUUGGUUCUGGAACUGCAUCAUUGCUGUCAUCAUCCCAUAUAUCGUGGGGCCUGGCGAGGGAAAUCUGGGAGGCCAUGUAUUUUUCGUAUGGGGCACUACCUGCGCCAUCAGUGCGCUCUUCGCCUACAUAUUCGUGCCCGAGACGAAAGGCCUCACGCUGGAACAGGUCGAUAAAAUGAUGGACGAAGUCAGUGCGAGGCACAGUAGCAAGUGGCGCGUGCACGACACUUUCCUGCAGGAGACGAGCGGUGCAACUCAGGACUCAACUACCGCGAAAUCGCAUUCAUAG